AAAAAGAAAAAAGAUAAAAAUGUGAAAAAUCUCCAAUUUAAAAAUACGUCCCGAGGCCAUGCAGGUCUCACAGAUAUAGGCGAUCUUGCUCCCUGCGUUCUUAUAUUAAGUCGACUUCCCCGCGAACGAAAGAAAGCGAAAGCAAAACAGGAUCGACAAAGACUCUUUUGGGCGUUCCUACUACCAAAGCUAGGAUGUUGACCCAUUCGGGAAGGUCAGAGUAUGCUUGUAGUGAUGCUCGUAUGCUGCAAUCUGUAUGCUACUAUUCUGGAAAGCAAUUCUUAGAAUUUAUCCUCCCUUCAUCUAAUGUCCUUCGUUGAAAGAUACUCGCUAGGUUCAAGGUUGUGACUGCCCAAAGGGAUUUUUUGUUGAUCAAACUCACAACCUCCCAAUCUAUUUACCUCUUAACUUCUAAGAUUUGGAAGAUGGUGCACCGACAGCUCCUCUACGGAACCCCGCAUCUGAUUCUCUUCCUCACCACCCCCCUCAUAUUUCCUCUGGUAAUAUGCGCCGACAUACUCCAAUUCGUCGAUCCCCUAAUCGGCAGCACUAAUGGAGGGAAUGUUUUUGCAGGCAGUACGAAGCCUUAUGCUCUCGCAAAACCCGUCGCGAACGUAGACGGUCAAAAUACAGGUGGAUUUGCCACCGACGGCUCAAAUAUUACCGGAUUCUCCCAAGUUCAUGAUAGCGGAACAGGUGGCAAUCCUAGUCUAGGGAAUUUUCCUUUAUUCCCACAGGUCUGUGACGGGGAUGAUAUAAAUAACUGCAAAUUUCUCAUAGGCGAAAGGGCUACGCAUUAUGUCGAGGAGUCCGUGGUUUCCAGGCCAGGAUACUUUGAGGUGGAGUUGGUAUCCGGGAUCAAAGCGACGAUGACCUCGAGCGAGCAUGCGGCCCUGUACAAGUUCGAAUUUCCGGCUUCGGACGACCGUCAUCCCUUGAUGUUGCUAGACUUGACAGAUCUGUGGCAAAGUCGCCAGAAUGCCACGAUUAUCGUGGACUCUGAGAGCGGGAGGCUCAAAGGCAAUGGUACCUUUCUCCCAAGCUUUGGUGCUGGAUCGUACGUGAUGCAUUUCUGCGUUGACUUUUUCGGUGCCGACGUUUUUGACAACGGUGUAUGGGUUAACAAUCGAGGAGGGGUCGAACCGAAGGAGCUGUUCGUUACUCGUGGCUUCAACCUCUUCUAUCUUGAGGCCGGUGGAUGGGUUCGAUUCAACAAUCUGGCGAAUAACAUCCUAACGGUGAGGACGGGGAUUAGCUUUAUCAGUGCGGACCAGGCUUGUCAACGGGCUCAAGAAGAGAUUCCCCAGCCUCUUGGCGACUUUGAUAGGCUCGUAGCCGAGACCGAGGAUGCAUGGCGAGAGAAACUGAGUCCGAUCUCUGUCGAUCCCGGCGGUGCUGGCGAGGAUCUCCAAAUUAGCUUUUGGAGCGGACUAUAUAGGAGCAUGAUUUCACCUCAGAAUUAUACCGAUGAAAAUCCAUACUGGAAUAGCGGGAUCCCUUACUUUGAUUCAUUCUAUUGCAUCUGGGACGCAUUUCGCGUUCAGCACCCGCUCCUUACCAUCCUAGACCCAAAAGCCCAAGUUCAGAUGGUAAACUCCCUCCUUGAUAUUUACAAACACGAGGGCUGGUUACCCGAUUGCCACAUGUCAUUGAGUACAGGAUGGACGCAAGGGGGUUCAAACGCAGAUGUCGUGAUCGUAGACGCUUACGUCAAGAAUUUAACAGGCAUCGACUGGGAACUUGCUCUUGAAGCAAUCAUCCAAGAUGCCGAAGUUGAACCACUAGAAUGGUCUUAUCAUGGUAGAGGUGGCUUGCAAAGCUGGAAAGACCUUUCUUAUAUUCCCUAUCUUGAUUUCGACCCAGUUGGAUUCGGCACGAACUCCCGUAGCAUUUCAAGAACUCUGGAGUACGCAUAUGAUGAUUAUUGUCUCGCGACACUAGCACAGGGACUUGCACGAGACGACUUAUUCGAUAAAUACGUGUCAAGAAGUGCCAAUUGGCAGCACUUGUGGAAAUCAGAACAGAACUCUAUCAUCAAUGGCAAUGACACAGGGUUUGUGGGAUUCUUCCAGCCGAAAUAUCAAAACGGGACGUGGGGAUAUCAAGAUCCAAUCGCUUGCUCAGCACUCGCAAGUUUCUGCUCGCUUACUACCAAUCCCAGUGAAACCUUUGAAGCUAGUGUGUGGCAGUACCAAUUCCUCGUUCCACAGUCGAUGUCGACCUUGAUUAGUUUGAUGGGCGCCGAGGAAUCAUUUAUUCGGCGUCUUGACUUCUUCCAUAUGUCGGGUCUUGCCGAUAUCUCCAAUGAACCCGUGUUCUCGACAGUUUACCUUUAUCAUUAUGCAGGACGCCCCAGUCUGUCCACUAAACGGUUACACACCUACAUUCCAUCCUCGUUUAAUACGUCCCACGAUGGCUUACCAGGGAACGACGACUCAGGCUCGAUGGGCGCUUUUGUAGUAUUCGGAAUGAUGGGUUUAUUUCCUAUAGCUGGACAAGACGUAUACCUGAUCUCGGCACCAUUGUUCAAACAAGUCAAUAUAACGAGCCCCUUAACCGGGAAUACGGCCCAGAUAAAGACGGUGGGGUUCGAUGCUAGUUAUAAGAAUAUUUAUAUUCAAAAUGUGACAGUUAAUGGACAGCUGUGGACGAAGUCCUGGAUCGGCCAUUCAUUCUUCCACGAUGGAUGGACGAUGGAGUUAGCUCUUGGGGAACAGGAAUCUGAGUGGGGUACGAAGCUGGAAGAUCGACCUCCUAGUUGGGGGGGGACGGUGGUAUGAUUGUUUACGUGAGUAGGUAGCUAUCUAGGUGGUCAACAGCUCAUGUAAUAGAAGUAUAUACCGAUCAGUACGUCUAACCUUCUACCAUAUUACUUAAAUGUAAGUUGGAACGUCUAUGGACACCCAUGUACAGCAAUGAAAACAUAGCAUGGGAAUUUACCUCUAUUUAUAUAGUCGUGU